AUGGUACCUGGAGUGAUGCUGCCUCUCUGCUCCUCCCUCCAGCUGGGACCUGGCCGACCCCUGCCCACCUUCCCCACCUCGGAAUGCACCUCGGACGUGGAGCCGGACACGCGGGAGAUGGUGCGAGCCCAGAACAAGAAGAAGAAGAAGUCGGGAGGCUUCCAGUCCAUGGGCUUGAGCUACCCGGUGUUCAAAGGCAUCAUGAAGAAAGGCUAUAAGGUGCCAACGCCCAUCCAGAGGAAGACCAUCCCCGUGAUCCUGGAUGGCAAAGACAUGGUGGCCAUGGCCCGGACGGGCAGUGGCAAGACAGCCUGCUUUCUUAUCCCCAUGUUCGAGCGGCUGAAGGCCCGCAGUGCUCAGUCGGGGGCCCGUGCCCUCAUUCUCUCGCCCACCCGGGAGCUGGCCCUGCAGACCAUGAAGUUCACCAAGGAGCUGGGCAAGUUCACCGGCCUCAAGACUGCCCUGAUCCUGGGUGGGGACAAAAUGGAAGACCAGUUUUCAGCCCUGCAUGAAAACCCUGACAUAAUCAUUGCCACCCCUGGCCGCCUGAUGCAUGUGGCUGUGGAGAUGAACCUGAAGCUGCAGAGUGUGGAGUACGUGGUAUUUGACGAGGCUGACAGGCUCUUUGAAAUGGGGUUUGCAGAGCAGCUGCAGGAGAUCAUCAGCCGCCUCCCGGGGGGCCACCAGACACUCCUGUUCUCGGCCACGCUGCCCAAGAUGCUGGUGGAGUUCGCCCGGGCCGGCCUCACGGAGCCCGUGCUCAUUCGGCUGGAUGUGGACGCCAAACUCAACGAGCAGCUCAAGACCUCCUUCUUCCUGGUGCGGGAGGACACCAAGGCCGCCGUGCUCCUCCACCUGCUGCGCGACGUAGUGCGGCCCCAGGACCAGACCGUGGUGUUUGUGGCCACAAAGCACCACGCGGAAUACCUCAGUGAGCUGCUGACGACCCAGCGGGUGAGCUGCGCCCACAUCUACAGUGCCCUGGACCAGACAGCCCGCAAGAUCAACCUGGCCAAGUUCACCCACGGCAAGUGCUCCACCCUCAUCGUGACGGACCUGGCGGCCCGGGGCCUGGACAUCCCGCUGCUGGACAACGUCAUCAACUUCAGCUUCCCGGCCAAGGGCAAGCUCUUCUUGCACCGCGUGGGUCGUGUGGCCCGGGCUGGUCGAAGUGGCACGGCCUACUCCUUGGUGGCCCCAGAUGAGGUCCCCUACCUGCUGGACCUGCACCUGUUCCUGGGCCGCUCCCUCACCCUCGCCCGCCCCCACGAGGAGCCUUCAGGUGCGGUCGGUGUGGACGGCGUUCUGGGCCGGGUGCCACAGAGUGUGGUGGACGACGAGGACUGCGGCCUGCGGAACACCCUGGAGGCGUCGCUGGAGCUGCGGGGCCUAAGCCGUGUGGCUGACAACGCCCAGCAGCAGUACGUGCGCUCGCGGCCAGCACCCUCGCCGGAGUCCAUCAAGCGGGCCAAGGAGCUGGACCUCGCGGGGCUGGGCCUGCACCCCCUCUUCAGUGAGGAGCCCACCAGGCUGGUGAGGGAGGAGUUGCGGGGAGGAGAGGCCAGUGGGUGAAGGACUAGGGUGUCAUCUCCACAGACCAUCUUUGAGAUCAAUGCCUCCAGCCGGGACCUGAGCAGCCAGGUGAUGCGGGCCAAGCGGCAGAAGGACUGCAAGGCCAUCGCCAGCUUCCAGCAGGGGCGGCAGGAGCGGCAGGAGGGCCUGGCUGGCACAGCCCGGAGCUGCCCAGCGCGGCAGGUGGAGCAGCCUGGGAAGGAGGAGGAAGAGGCGGCGGGAGAGAGUGUGGAGGACGUCUUCACAGAGGUCGUGGGCCGGAAGCGGCAGCAGCCAGGACCUGAGCAGGGAGCCAAGAGGCGGAAGGAGGAGGCCCGGCAGCGCGACCAGGAUUUCUAUGUCCCCUAUCGGCCCAAGGACUUUGACAGUGAACGGGGCCUGAGCGUUGGUGGGGACGGGGGCGCCUUUGAGCAGCAGGUGGCUGGCGCUGUCCUGGACCUGAUGGGGGACGAGGCCCAGAACCUGACCAGGGGCCGGCAGCAGCUCAAGUGGGACCGGAAGAAGAAGCGGUUUGUGGGACAGUCCGGACAGGAGGACAAGAAGAAGAUCAAGACAGAAAGUGGCCGCUAUAUCAGCAGCUCCUACAAGCGUGACCUCUACCAGAAGUGGAAGCAGAAACAGAAGAUCGACGACCGCGACUCGGAGGAGGAAGGGCCAUCGGACCGGCGAGGCCCAGAGCAAAGAGGCUGGAAGCGGGGCCGAGGCCAAGGUGCCUCCCAGCCGCGCACCUCAGGCCCCCCCGCCGGCCGCGUGCGCUCAGAGCUCAAGACCAAGCAGCAGAUCCUGAAGCAGAGGCGCCAAGCCCAGAAGAUGCGCUUCCUGCAGCGUGGGGGCCUCAAGCAGCUCUCUGCCCGCAACCGGCGCCACGCCCGGGAGCUGCAGCAGGGCGCCUUUGGCCGGGGCGCGCACUCCAAGAAGGGCAAGAUGAGGAAGAGGAUGUAAAGAAGAUGGCCCAGCCCUGGCUCCUCCCGGCUCCAAGUGUGAACACCAGCACAUGCUCCUGCCUGCCGCUCUGUGCCUGGCCCCGUGCAGGGCGUUGGGGAGCUCCCUGCAGAGCCUCCGCUCAUGGGGAGUGCUGUAGGCCCCAGGGCAGCAGCUGCCUCUGCUGAGACAGGGACGCGUGUGCAAGGUUUUGAAGGGUGCAUAGGAGUUUGCGCCCUGAAUUGGCGACUCGGCUCCUGCUGCUUCUGUGUGCUCUGGGUUCAGAGGUGGUGGUCACACAGGUCUGAGCCGUGAGUGCCGAAGGCCCAGUGAUGUAUUUUUAAGGUAAUAAACCUUUCCUGAGCACCUC